AAUUUGAUUGUGCUGGUUCACAGUACGGCCAGCAGUACACGUAGCGAUGAUAAGCGCGUGAAUGGCUCGACGAGUCUCCUCGAUCUACCGUUAGCCCCUGCCCCACCUCCUCCAGUUGACGAUGAAGGCUACACGAUAAGGGAACACGAAGGCGAUAAAGAAGACACGAAUUGGUCGUCCUGCAGUAGCAGCGAUGAGGACGAGGACGCUCUACAGCAGUCGAAAAUUCGGAACUUGACGAUACGACCGGCCGAUUCGGCAAAGACUAUGAAUGCAUCAGUGGACGAGUUGCGCGACGCCAUCGGUCACAUCAGUAUAUGUAGAAGUAACACGAUCCUUGGUCUGUUGGAACAAGUCGUCCCCCGCUAUUCUCACAAGUCAUUAUCCGGUGGCAGUUUGAAGCCGUUGCGACCCUGUCAUACUGCCGAUGGUCGAUUUCGAUCGAAUUUCAACGAAUCAGAUUUUGGAAAAAGCAAUAUGCCAUUGAACUUCUCCGCUUCGAUGGGUCCUAUAGCUGGUAUGGCGAGAGCACGACCUCGAAGCAACACUCCCACUUACAACUCCACACUUGGUGUCGCCACAAUGAGGAAGGACUCGGUCGGUUCAACCGAAUGGGGAUCAUCCUUCGCGAUCAACAAUGGUGAUGGUAAUCAUUCCUUGGGCGAGUCGUCGUUCAAUCUUUCUCAGUCAACGGCGAAUCUCAUGCAGGCAACCAUAAGCGAGCAUCGGGUUCCUGUUGCUAUGGCUAUCAACGAGUACUCACAUGUGUGGUUCAAGAACGCUAACGUUGAGGAUUUCAAUCUCGUUGAUGCCAUAGUAAUCAAAUCCAUAGUUCCAAAUAAACAACUCCUUCUGCCAGAUUCCGUUGCAUCGCAACACGGGCCCAGCUAUCAUUAUCAGUUUGAUCGUCUCGGACUUGCAAAUUGGUUACUUUCUCAGCAGAGAGAAAAGCCAACGGCAGCGUUUUUCAAUGCAGAGGUCUUGCGGUAUGAAAUAAAAGAUGAAGACAGAGUCGCUCAACCUCCUCUAUUGUUAUCUAAUUACUGGAAGUGCGAAGAAGAUCAUACA